UCCCUCCUUAUAAACCCCGUGAUACCCAAAACAACAUAACAAAAGUAAAGGGGGAAACAUGGCGAGCGGAGAGGAGGCCAGUAGACGCCCCUCGGUUCCCUCGGUCACCUCCUCCUCCUCGGUCGGCCUGGACUCUCUGUUCCCGGCCGGGUCGUCGGAGCAGGUCAGCGGAGACCAGGACCAGGACCCGGAGCUGGUCCGUCUGAAGGAGUGUCUGCAGGGCUGGUUAUCUCAGUACGAGCCGCUGCUGCUGCGGCUGCAGAGGCUGCUGGUGUGGGAGAGGCCGCUCUACAGCAUCUCUGUGGCUCUCACUCUCAACACACUAUUCUGGUUCCUGUCAUCCACCUCCCUGCGGCCUCUGUUCCUGUUGAGUGUGUCCCUGCUGGGACUCAUGCUGCUGGAGAGAUGGAAGCCCAAGUUACCCAGCAUUACCGUUCAACCUGCAGAGGCUCCCCCUGAACAAAGUGACACAAUGAGUGUGGAGCAGCGUAUGCUCAGUAUUCCUGAGCUCAGCCACCACCUGGCUGAAAGCUACCUGACCUACUGCCUGUAUCUGCAGGAGACGCUGCAGUACAAACGGCAGAACCACGGCAAGUUCUGUGUGAUGAUGUGCAGUGGCUGUUUUGUACUUGCCGUGGUUGGGCAUUAUGUACCAGGAAUCAUGAUCUCCUAUAUUAUUGUCUUGAGCGUGCUGUUGUGGCCGCUGGUGGUGUACCACGAGCUGAUCCAGAGGAUGUACACGGGCUUGGAGCCGAUCAUGAUGAAACUGGACUACAGCAUGAAGGGAGAGACCGAGCACCGCAAGCACGACAAGAGGAAGGUGAAGAAGGAGAUGGAAGAGGGGGACGAGCCAAGAGCUGAAACGGAGAGUGAGAGUGAGGAAGAGCUGUCCUGUUUCGCCCCGACGGUGGAUGCGAAGACCACGGCUCUGGCGAUGGCCAUCACAGACUCCGAGUUGUCAGAUGAGGAGGCAUCUAUCUUGGAGAGCGGAGGGUUCUCGGUGUCCAGAGCGACCACUCCUCAACUCACUGACGUCUCUGAAGAUAUGGACCAGCAGAGUUUACACAGCGACCCAGAGGAGGCCUACAUGCGGGAUCUCCCCGAGUUCCCCUCAGUUGAGGAGUUCCCGUCCAUCGAUCAAAAGCUGCUCCACUUCCCUCUGCGAGGCGCCGGCCAGGGUGACGGAGCCCAGGCCGGCGCUCAAUCGGAAGGGGAACCGCUGAGCCCCUGCAGCCUCCUUAUCCAGCACCUGGCAUCCCCGCUCCACUUUGUGAACACACACUUCAACGGACACGGACGACCACCUGGGAAUGAGGGGGGCGCGGCGCCUGUGCCGAGCGCUGGGGACGAAGCGGGGACGCAGGAGGGAGAGGAGAAGGAAGCUGCGGCGACCCAGGGUACACAGCAGUCCUUGGAGGCGUUGAGCGAGGAGAUAGUGACCACGGCCAUCUCCGCUGUGGUGCAGAACACUCUGUCAGCCCUGCUGCGCUCCAGCGAGGCCAGCGAGGAGCCCACCCUGGCCGAGUUCCUUCCCACCGAAACUCCACCGGGCGCUCUGGAGACCUCCGACCCACCCACCGACACCACUGCUAACACUACAAUAGGCUCCUUGGGGGCUGACGAGGACCCGGAUGAGGCGAUUACGGCAGAAAGCGGCACCGGCGAGGAGAUGCCUGACGACACACUAGUUCCGACCGAGGAAGAGGACUUUGAGCUUCUGGACCAAAGUGAACUGGAGCAGUUUGAUGAGGGGCUGGACCUCAUCUCUGAAAGACAGGCGGCGGGAGGAGCCUCAGCAGCUCCAGAGACACCUCCGUCUCCUCCGUCUCCUCCGUCUCCUCAACAUCAACAACAGUCAUAGCUUCCCUGUUGCCUCCCCCCCAUCUGUUUUGUUUUUGUUUGUACUUUAGACCUACAUUAUACCCAUAAUUACUGCUAUAUACGAAACAUUUAUCAAAGAGUUUGGCGUUUAAUACUGUUGGUUAGCGAUUGUGUGGCAUAUGGUUGAGAUUACUCGGCGCGUUCUGCUUUCCUAGUCUCUCUUCACAAGGGUCUGUUCAGCCUUCGGUACCCAUUUGCAGUAGUUUCUUUGUGGCCUGCUGGCCUGAUAGUAUCAACGAGAGCAGGCUCAGGGCAGAAGUGGCUUGGGUUAACAGUUAUAUCAUGAUUGUCACGGGUUUGCAAAGCAUUUUUAUAUCUACUUGGUCAUCUAACAUUGAAAUUGGCUUGAUAAAUCAGCAGGCUGCGCAGUGAAAACCUGUCCAUAUUCAGUCCCUCGUCAACUCUCUUAACCGCCCCACCUUGUUUUCGUUCAGAUGUUUAUCUAGAUGGUGUUAUGCAGAGUUGAAAUGUCGGAUUAUAUAACUAUUAAUAUAUGCUAUAGAUUAUUUAAUUUAACGGUCAGUCGAUGAAACUUUAUUGUUAAGCAGAGGUAAAUUGAAUCCCCUCUGUUGCCCAUAAUGAUUGUAUGAUAAUUGUUUUAAUGAUGACGCCGUGGACGUCCGGGGGUUUAAAAUGUAAUUGCGUAUUCCCAGAGUUAGACUUAUAGUAUUAUCCUUCACGUUAUCCUUUACCUCAGAAGUCUCCAAGGUUCCAGUUUUGACAGAAGCAUUCAGUCAUUAGUGGUCUUUCACUUGUUGCCUGGAAAUGGAAACUUAAAUCUUUGACAUUGUUGGAUGUUGACAGGUAGUAGAUCUUUACCCCCCUACACAUAAGUGACUUUGAUGUGGCAAGAUAAAAAAAGAAAUGUUCCUGAAUCUCCUCUCUGUGAAUUGAUGCCUCAUUUUUAUGAAUAUAUGCAGAUUUAAUUUCACACAUCCAAAUGAAGUCGUCCCAUAUAUAAUUGAAUUUAUUCUUGUUGAAAGACUCGCGCCUCUUGUUGGAUAGGUCUAUAUCCAACUAUUUGUUACCUGUAUAGUCAUCACUGGGAUAUGUAUAUUUACCAAAUAACCUCCUUUGUGCCACGCUAAGUCCGUCCAUGCAUGCCAUGCAUCACGCAUGUAUUUACCAUGAUCAAUAUUUGAGGUCAAUUUUCAAAGGAGUGUUACUUUUACUGGAGUUUCUGUUUUCGGAGGGAUUUAAAAGUUUAAUGACACAUUAUGGAUCUGGCCGCCGCUGGGGAUUUGCGGGCAACUUUUGGCGUGACAAAAAGAAAAUCUAGCACUGUGCUCGACUGUAGAAAGAGGCCGGUUUUUUGCUUUUGUAAACCACUCAGCAUCCGAAUCUCAGGGGUGGGUUGUACAAAUUGAAUAUAUAACAUUGCAGAAUAUGUGUCCAUUUCCCGACUUGUCGUAGUGCACUGUAUUUGUACUAACCUUUCCUUUUUUUUUUCAGUCGACGCCUCCUUGUGUAUAGUGUAGAAAUGCUUAAAAGAAAAAAAAGAAACGUGUAUAUUCUGCAUGUAAAAACAGCACCCUGUUCAAGUUCUCCUUGUCAACUGACAAAGUACUGCACAAUUUGUGAGAAAAAAAAAUUUGAAUGUUACAGGUUAAAAGAGCCCAUUAAAUGCAGUUUGUUUCAUAUUUAAUUACCAACAAGGGAAAGAAAAA